AUGCCCACAGUUCUCCUUAGAGGCAAGGAUGGCAAGGCUUGUCUCACGGACUUUAGAUAUGUCAUUAGGGGAGACCAGUCCCUGGAGAAGGCUGCCAUUCUUGGUAAAGGCCUGGGGCAGCAAAACAAGAGGAAAGCCCUCGACAAGACGGAUUCACACGGUGGCGGCCACGAUGGGCGCGAGCAGAGGCGCAUGGUUUCUAAACUAUUAGAAGAAUUUGAUGUUGAAGAACAACCUAGCACCCUGUUGGAAACCCGCUUUCCCAACAUAAAGGUUAUAGAAUCUGGAGUGAAGCAGCUGAAGAGUGAAGAACAUUGCGUUUUAACCGAAGAUGGCAGCCAGUAUAUAUAUAAGCAGCUCUGCCUGUGUGCUGGAGCUAAACCAAAAUUGGUAUGUGAAGGAAAUCCGUAUGUAGUGGGAAUCCGUGAUACAGACAGUGCUCAGGAAUUUCAGAAACAACUCACUACAGCUAAAAGAAUAAUGAUCAUAGGGAAUGGUGGUAUUGCACUCGAGUUAGUGUACGAAAUUGAAGGAUGUGAAGUGAUUUGGGCUAUUAAAGAUAAAGCUAUUGGGAAUACUUUCUUUGAUGCGGGAGCAGCAGAAUUCUUGACUUCAGAGCUCAUUACUGAAAAACUAGAAGCAAAAAUUGCACAUAAAAGAACCAGAUAUACAACUGAAGGAAGGAAAAAGGAGGCAAGGACCACAGCUAAGGCCAGUAAUGUGGGCAGUGCCUUAGGACCUGAUUGGCAUGAAGGCUUGAAUCUUAAAGGAACAAAAGAGUUUUCUCAUAAGAUUCACAUUGAGAACAUGUGUGAAAUAAAGAAAAUCUACCUUCAGGAAGAAUUUAUAAAUUUGAAAAAAGAAUCCUUGAUUCUUCCAAGUGACAAUAAGUCGGUGAAAACAAUUGAUAAAGAGAUGUGGCCAGUAUACGUGGAAUUAACCAAUGAAAAGAUCUACGGAUGUGAUUUAAUUGUCAGUGCUACAGGAGUUACACCAAAUGUAGAACCUUUUGUCCUUGGCAACAAUUUUAAUCUAGGACAAGAUGGUGGCCUGGAAGUGGAUGAUCAUAUGCACACGUCACUUCCUGACAUCUAUGCUGCCGGUGACAUCUGCACUGCGUCAUGGCAGCCGAGCCCAGUGUGGCAGCAGAUGAGACUGUGGACCCAGGCCAGACAGAUGGGGUGGUAUGCAGCCAAGUGCAUGGCCGCAGAUCACCUGGGAGAGCCCAUUGACAUGGAUUUCAGCUUUGAACUCUUUGCUCACGUAACAAAAUUUUUUAACUAUAAGGUUGUGUUACUGGGAAAAUACAAUGCGCAAGACUUAGGUUCGGAUCAUGAAUUAAUGCUGAGAUGUACCAAAGGACAAGAAUACGUCAAAGUUGUCAUGCAGAAUGGGCGAAUGAUGGGGGCUGUCUUGAUUGGUGAAACCGAUUUAGAGGAAACAUUUGAAAACCUAAUUCUAAAUCAAAUGGACCUUUCAUCAUAUGGAGAAGAUCUGCUAGAUCCAAAUAUUGAUAUAGAAGAUUAUUUUGAUUAAAAUACAACUCAAAAACCAUGCCAGGUUCCCUAUAUGGCAGAGAAAUCCAAAGACAAUAAAAGGAAUGACAACAUUGACUUAAUGCUGGACACGUGGAAGUUAACCAUUCAGAAGUAAUAACUUUCGUGGACCAAUCUGGAAAACAUAAAGUUCUAAGGACAAAAUCAGUUCAAAUAUUUCUAUGUAUAUUUUUCUAACAUAAAAUUGACUACUUAUUGUUUAACA